AUGUCGCUCCUGGCAGCAACACGAAGGGUCCUGCGGCCCUCCGCCUUCGCCUCUUCCUCCCGUGCUUUCGCGACCUCGAUCGAGUCGACGGCGCCGUCCGCAGCCGCGCCAGUACGACGAGCAGCCGCAAAGACUCCCGCGCCGACACCCAAACCUGUCACCCUGCCUCCUGCGCCGACGAAGACGCCCAAGCCGAGCGUCUUCGAUGAGUUCGUGCACGUCCCAUUGCAGACUUUCUACCCGCAAGGCGCCUCCGUCCAGGUCGCCAACGAGCCUCUGAUUGUCCCCCUCCCCGCUACCGUCUUCAACAUUGCUUCCCGCCCCACCCUCUUGCACAAGAUCAUCGUCGCCCACCUCUCCUCCCUCCGACAAGGCACCGCAUCGACCAAGAACCGCUCGGAGGUCAACUACUCGGGCAGGAAGAUCCGGCCACAGAAGGGUACCGGUCGCGCUCGUCUCGGCAGCCGUGGCUCGCCCAUGCUCGUUGGUGGUGGUCGCGCAUUCGGUCCGAGGCCCAAGGGUCCGAACGGCUGGAAGCUCAAGAUCAACCACAAGGAGCGGCAGCUCGGCACGAGGGUUGCGCUGAGCGAGAAGUGGAGGGCGGGCAAGCUCGCGGUUAUCGACAAGGCCGGUCUGGAGGUGCCCAAGACGCGCUUGUUGCACGAGCAGCUUGUCAAGCGGGAAUGGGAGGAGGCGCUCUUCAUCGCGACGGCGGGUCAGUCGGACGAGGCUCGCCAGGCGUUCGUGCUGGCGGCUCAGAACAUCCCGGGUGUCAAGGUCGUCACCGACAUCAACCAGCUCUCGGUCUACGACAUCGUCAAGGGCAAGCGGGUCAUCAUGGAGCUCGACUCGGUGGACGACGUGAUCGCACGGGCAGACCCGCUCAACCCGUUGCUGGAGAUGGACGAGUACGAGGAUGGCGAGUAUGAGGAGAUCAGUCAGGAGGAGCUCGAGGCGUUCUUGGCGGAGAACGGAGAUCUCCUGGAGCAGCUGCAGCGGGGAGCGGUGCCCGGUCAACUCCCAGCAUAG